UGUUGUGCGUGCUAUUAGCUGUCAUUCAUUAUGUGAUAUUUGUGUUACUAUCCAUACACGUGCAUCAAAAAAAAUAACUUGUCUAUUUAAAGGAGGUUAUCUCUAGUGCUUUACUUCAAUAAAUGUAAUAAUUACAUUAAGAAUUUACCUUCAAUAUGCAGAAAGUUAAAAGAAAGAGUAGCGAAAGCGAUCCCAUUAUAGUUCAGAAAAAAGCAAAAAAUUUAAAAUCUGAAAAUGGUCCCAACAGUCAGAAUAAAAUUAAACCUAAAUUAAUAAAGAAAAAUGGUUCUAAGGACGGUAAUAAACAAGAGAACUUAGAGAAAUCCACUAAAAAAUUCAAUCAACAAAAGAAAAUCAAAGGGAAACCUAAUUUUAUAAAAGAUAAGCAUUCAAAAGCUCAAAGCAAUGGGGAAAAGCCAAAAUGGUCAGAGAUGAAGAAAGAAAAGAAACAACUUAGAAUCGUAAGGCGUAAGGCAAAAACAACAGCUGAAGUGUUUGAAAUAUCACAUAAAGCUAAAUUAUUGUCUGCACAAAUACAAAGAAAAGUGGUGAAAAGUGAUUUUCGUGAAAACUCAUGUAAAGAAUUACAUUGUUUAAUGAAAGGUCAAUAUAAAUCUAUAGCUCUUACCCAUGACUUAAGCCGGGUCAUUCAAGUACUCCUCAAGUAUAGCCCAGAGGACAUUAAAACUGAGGUAACAGAGGAGUUGCUGGACAUUAUAGUGCCUAUGGUUCAAUCAAAAUAUGGCCAACAUGCUGUGAAGCGUAUUGUGAAGUAUGGUACAGAAUUUAUUCGACAUGAAGUGAUCAAGAAAUUCUUUGGGCACAUAGUUUCCUUAGCAGCUCACUCUAUAAGCGCACCUGUGCUUGACUAUGCAUAUGGUGAGUUUGCUACAAAGAAAGAGAAAAUUUACAUGCAACAGGAGUUUUAUGGAGAGAUAUACAAAAAUUCUAAAGAUGACAAAGUUAAAACAUUGAGUGAUGCAUACAAAGGCAGUCCCGAAAUGAAGAUAGCCAUACUACAGUCAUGUAAAGCAAACAUACAACGCAUUUUGGAUAAAAAUCUCCAUGACAACGAAUUGCUUCAUUCAGUUCUAUAUGAUUACAUUCGGGAGUGCAAUGCAGAAGAACGUGUAGAAUUGAUAACAACACUGAGUCCUUUAAUUGUUCCGCUAAGUAACUCUUUGCCGGGAGUCAAUGCUGCCAGUAUAUGUGUAUGGCAGGGUACCAAUAAAGAUAAAAAGACCAUACUGAAGGUAGUCAAGGAACAUGCACUGUCAUUAUCUAAGCAUAAAACAGGCUACCGUCUUCUAUUGGCCAUUUUUGAUUCUGUUGAUGACACAGUCCUAGUUAAGAAAGCUAUUGUGUCCACUUUAGCUAAUAAUUUGAAGGAUAUUGCAAAAGAUCAUUGGGGUGUUAUGACUCUACACUGGUUAAUAAAACCAAAAGACUCUGCAAUCUUCCACCCAAGUCUCAUAAAACUUCUCGAAGACGGAUCUAGUAGCGGUACUUCCAAGAAAGAUGGAGAUCUCCGCACUUCAGAACUGAGAGAAGCUAUUCUACCUGUUUUAAAGCAGGACAUAGAGUCAGACCCUGAAUUUUGGGUCAGCAAUAAAACCAUAAUGCUAUUGACUGUAGCUAUUUUAUCUAUAGAAUGUACUAAGGAAAUGCUGAACUCACUGUCGAAAGCUAUAUGUCGGCCCGACUGGCAUACAGAUGUGAAUGGGAAGCAAUUACUGGCAAUAGAAGAUGCAGGAAUCCAUAUGUGCCUUAAGAAAUUGGCCAGUUUGGACAAAGAUAAAAAUGAUUGUACCCUGGGAGAAGCGAUUGUAGAUAACCUUAACCAAGAUAAUGUAACAGCGUGGUUGGCCACGAAUAGAGGAUGUUUCUUCAUAUUGAAGCUAAUUGAAAGUAACAAUGAUAUCAUCGCCAGUAAACUCGUGAAUAAAAUCAAAUCGCACAGAAAUAUACUAAAAGAAAAUGUGUCCGGUGCAAAACUACUUAUACAAAAGUUGAAUAAAUAAACAUAAUUUAUCACAUACUUUUAUUUGGUUAUUAUACAAUAUUCCAUUGUACCCAUAUUUCAUUAUAUGUAUGUUGAAAAAAAUACAUUCUAAGAGUUAUUCGAUAUAAAUCAAGAUC